AUGGCUCCCAAGAAAAGGAUACUACCAAAAAGAAGAUUGACACCAUAUGGAAAGCGCAUCAUAUAUCCAAAAGCAGAGCCUAAACUAUUUGCUGUGGAGAAAGUAUUGGGCCGACGCAUAGUAGAGGGCAAGGUAGAAUAUCUCUUGAAAUGGAAGGGAUAUUCAGAUGCUGAUAAUACUUGGGAAACAGAAGACAAUAUAAAUUGUCCAGACCUAAUUGAGGCUUUUCUAAAUUCUCACAAUGCUAGUUUAUCUGGUGCUAGCACAUCAAAUGAGCCAAGAGAUGCAGGUGACAACCCAAGGGGCUUUGCUAGGGGUCUAGAGCCUGAAGGAAUAAUUGAUGUCAAACAGAGUAGUGGAGGAUUGAUGUUUGUCAUGAAGUGGAAAGGUUCCGAUGAAACUGAGUUAGUGCCAGCAAAAGAGGCUAAUGUGAAAUGCCCUCAGAUGGUAAUUGCUUUUUAUGAAGAGAGGAUAAGUUGGAAUUCUCCAUAA